UCAGCAACUCAUCUUUCAUCAUCUUUCCCUCAAAACCCUAGCCGCAGUCACUUCCGUAGGUGCUUGCUUCACUGCAAAGUUCAAUUCCAAACCAUGGCGGACGUUGAAGGUGCUGAUGUUGCGGCCGGACAGCCAAAGAAGAGAACGUUUAAGAAGUUCAGCUACAGAGGAGUAGAUCUGGAUGCUCUUCUUGACAUGUCUACUGAUGAGCUCGUUAAGCUCUUCCCUGCUCGCCCUCGCAGAAGGUUCCAGAGGGGUUUGAAGAGGAAGCCAAUGGCUUUGAUCAAGAAGCUGCGUAAGGCGAAACGUGAGGCUCCACCAGGUGAGAAACCAGAGGUUGUCAGAACACAUUUGAGGAACAUGAUUAUUGUACCUGAGAUGAUUGGAAGCGUUAUUGGAAUCUACAAUGGGAAAACAUUCAAUCAAAUUGAGGUCAAGCCUGAAAUGAUUAGCCACUAUUUAGCUGAGUUCUCAAUCUCAUACAAGCCUGUUAAGCACGGUAGGCCCGGUAUUGGUGCUACUCACUCUUCAAGGUUCAUUCCAUUGAAGUAGUCUAAAAAAGGUUCAUUCCAUUGAAGUGUUUUGCCAGAGGUUGUCGUUCUGGUUUCUAGUAAUACUAGUACUUUAUUUUACUGCAAUUUUGAUGAGAACAGUGGAUUUUGAUCCGUAAUUAGUCUUGCGACUAGUAAUUUGCUGAUACAUUGCAACAGACCAGUUAUUUGUGCUUAUCUAGAGGAUUGUUCCAUUUUGAUUUUUAUAAUAUUUUUGUUCAGUUAGAUACAAUGUGGAUUUUGAAGUGUUUAAAUCCUCCUACUGACAUCCUGUAUUGGAGGCGA